UUGGUUACCGUUAUGACGUGUUGGGAAUGAUGGCUGUUGUUGUGUUGUUGUAUGUAGCCUAGCAGCUUCAUUGACUGUCUGAAUGUGGUUUACUGACGGUAAUAUUUCAAUGAAACCAUUUGAUUCGGAUGAAGAAGAGGCAGAGCAGCUGGGAGCCAAGCAAAAGGAGCUGAGGCAACGGGCAAACCAGAGCCUCCAACAGCUGAGCGGUGCUCUGGACCAGCAGGACCGUGAUGGAGAGGAUGUCCAACCCGCUGCAGGUGGCGUCUUCACGGCGGCUGAGGAGGACAAGACAGCGUGGAGUCACAAGACUCAGAGUGAAGCAGUUAACCAGCUGAAGAGCCUCCUGUUGAAGCAAGGCAGAGAAAUCCCCACCUCUUUAUCCCCCUCAGGGAAGCAAUCUCCAUCUAAGAAAGUGCGUCGGGAUGGCAGGUCCAGUUUACCAGCCUUUCGGGACUUGGUUCCAAUGAAUUAUGACCAGUCUGAGUACAUCCAGCACCUGGAAGCUGAAGUAAAGUUCUGCAAGGAGGAGCUGCAGGGACUGAAGCAGCGGAUCAGAGUGGUGGUGGUUGAAAAUGAGAAGCUGCAGUCUGAGCUCAAAUCCAGGAUUGUGGAUCAAUCUCUGAAAGAUUAUCCAAUCCACAAUUCUAUGGUGCAAAAUAACAACUUGAUAACCUCAAAAACAGAGCAUAACACCUGGAAAAAUGACCUGGAGCAGCUAAAAGUGAUCCACCAGGCCCAGACAGAAAGCUUGGAGGCUCAGCUCAUCUCUCUCAAAAAGGAUCUCUCAGUGAGUCAGAAGGAGUGUGAGGAGGUGAAGGUUCGUCUGAGACACAAAGAGCAGCAGGUUGCAGAAGCGUUGAAGGCCGACGGAGCUCCCCGCGUCGCCGGGUUGUGUCUGCAGUGUGCGCAGCAUGAAGCGGUGGUUGCUGGAACUCAUGCAAAUCUGCAUGUGCAGGCUAUUGACAGGCUCACAAAGGAACGGGACGAAUUGCUGGCGGCUCUGCGUGCGGUGCGAGCAAGUCAACAAGAGGCCCAGCAGAGAGAGUGGUCAGCCUGCCUGCAGGUCAAACAGGCUGUGGAGAUAGCCGAAGAAGCCAAUCUACAAAAAACUAGGGUGGAGAUGCAGUGUGAGCAGUUAUCCAGGGAGCUGGCGCGACUGAGGGAACAGCUGGACAGAGAGGCGCAUGCAGUGCGGACCAAGAUGGCGGAGGCCCGAGAGGAGGGCCGGGCUGAGGCACGCAAACAAAAAGAAGAGCUAGCACAAACGGCGUCCAGCCUGUCUCAGCAGGUAGCCGCGCUGGAGGGGCAGCUGGACCGAGCGCACAGAGACAGGAGUUCACUGACCAAUCAGCUGGAGGACACGCUCAGCAAGCUAACCAAUCAGGAACAAGACAAUGCCAAGGUAUGUGUGGAUCUGCGGUAUCAGCUUAGCAAUGCCAGCCUGAAGAAAGAGGAGGCUGAGCGAGAGCUCAGAGAGCUGAAGGCCAAGACGAGCAGGCAGAACGAAAAAGCUGCACAGGAAGUGGAAAGUCUGAGCUCAGAGCUGGUUUGCUGUCGGCAGCGUUUGGAGGCGGCCCAAAGGGUUGGGAGCCAAUGGCAGUCCAAAGCUCUGAGCCUGGAAGAACAGCUGGCAAAUGCCCAGCGCCAACUGCACCUCACCAGACAGGACAGAGAGAGUGCGGAGCGGGCUCAUGCAGAGGAAAUGGCGUCUGUGACCCUUUCAGCGCGGGAACGGGAGAAGGAGCUGGCUGUCAUGCUGCAGAAAACGGAGGCUCAGCACCUGCAGAGAGUCGGAGAGAUGGAGCAUCUCAUGGGUUCCCAGAAUUCCCUGAUUGGGAAGCUCAAAGAGGAAUGCUGCAAACUUGGGGCCAAACUGGAAGAGUUGUCUCUUCAAAGCAGGAGCGAGCUGGAACAGCUGGCUCUGGAGAAGCAGCACUCGGAGGAGACGGUGAAGAGUCUGAGAGCGCGCUGCUCGGAGAUGGAGGAGCAGUGUGUCCAGCAUGGACGCAUGCACCAGCGCAUGAAGGACAGGUUGCAGCAGUUGGACCGACACUGUCAGAGCAGCGCCCAGCAGGUGUGUGAGCUUCUGGCCAAACAGAGCCAGCUGAUGCAGGAAAGAAACGCGCUUAGUGAGGAGAUGCAGAACCUACGCAUCGAGUUACCCAAUCUGAGACGAAAUGAAACAGUGAGCACAUGAGCACAUUUGUCCUGGCUCUUCUUCAGACUUUUGGAAAGGACAGUUUUUCUACUCUAUUCCCCAUCAGAAUGUAUUUUAUGUAACUUUUACUGUGAAUGAUGUGUUUAAGUUGUGAGGUAUCAAGGACUAGGUAACACUUUAUUUGAAGGGGGGUGAAUAAGACUGACAUGACCCUGUCAUAAACACCUGUGAUGAACAUGAA